UGAAGAAACACGUGCUGGACGUGCGCUCGUGACGAGGCUUGUGACCGAAGCUGAGCGCUGUUCUCCAGGAAAAUAUUCCGUCCAACCGAGAGCGAACGGCCUGUCUAUACCACGAGCUCGGAAAAGAACGUCCCUUGAGUCUUUUUUUCAUUUCUUGGCCCGAGGAAUCUCAAGUACCCCUCCCAUGCUACCAGGACAGGAACGGGCCGAUCCUCCCAAGAAUGAAGAGGCCCCCCUGGUCUCCAGGCACGAUUCCCUGGACAGUGCCAAGGAGCACGAGGAAAUGGCCAUCAAGCCACCGGACAUCGUGAUGCUGCUAGAAGCACAGACGGGAGCCCUUGUGUCGCUGGCCAUCGCCACGGGUUGCCUGCUCAUGUUGGUCGGCUACAUGCGCUCCAUGAAAAGCGGGUGUCGCGCGUGUCGCGAGGCCCAGCGCUACAUGGACUCUGUGGGCGACGACAGCGCUGACGCCUGCGACGACUUCUACCAGCACGUGUGCGGUCGCUGGGACAACGCGACGCCGGAGCACAGCUUCGUCGACUACCUGCGUCACCACAGCUGGAUCCGGCUGCGCUCGGCGCUCGAGGAGUACCCCUGGAAGACGCGCCGGCUCUCGUGGAGUUUCGCGAUGAUCUCGAUGCUCUACGAACACUGCCAGCGCGAACUGAGCGUCCCUCGGAACCUGGUCUACAUGACCGACCGAGUGGCGGAAGUCACCGGCCUGUCCUGGGAGACUCUCUACCGCAGCCACGACACGGCCGCCUGGGUGGACAUCCUGCUGCGCAUGAGCCUUGUCUACGACAUGCGCGUGCUCCUCGCCGUCGAGUACGGCCGAGACGUCGGGUGCAGCUUGACACUGCGACCGGUCGCCGAAGGCGAGAAGCUCAGCUCCCAGCGCGUGCGAGAACUCCUGGACGAAGCAACUAGGCUACUGCGCGGCGAAAAUAAAUUCGAGAGCACGCUCCUCGAGCGCUACCCGAAUGUCAUCCGGAUGCACGCCGACAUUUCAGCCUCGCCUGCGCAGUCUAUUGACUCAAGCCUACAGAAUGCAGCGCCGAGCGAAGCAUUCGCAAUGAUAGGCGUCGGUUCCGUCGAAGACUGGCUCUCGUCUCUGGCUAGUUACACGUCGAACGCGUCCAACAUCACCGACGACUGCCUCGUGAACGUGCACUCUGCCAAAAGCCUCCAGUUUAUCCUGAAGCUCUUCUUCAAUGCCCAUCGCGCUGUCAUGGCCCUCUACCUGUACGUGCAUCUGCUCAACAAGGCCUCGGAGAUGGCGUCCAUGGCCGGCACUCGAGCCAUGGCACAGCUGCACUGCCAACGUGAGAUUAUGCGACCAGAGCUGUUCGCCGCUAGAUACGCCAUGUCCGUCUAUACGCUGACCAGCGAAGAAGUUAUCGUCGGCGUCCGAACCACCAUGGCGCACGUCCUGGUCAACAUUCUGGCGCUGGUCAUGCCGCCCGAAAGCGACGACUACCACGACGAGGAGCGCCCGGAGCUCCUGCAGGCACUGGCACGGACCGUACGGUUCCACUCUUUCAGAAGCACUUUCGAGGAGCGGUUCCUGCGGCUGGAGACGCACAACGUCACGUACGCAGCGUUCCCACAGAACCUGACACUCUACGACGCCAUCUUCAUCGGCGCUCUGCGGCUGAAGUCCGGCUACCUACUGUACGAGCAGGCCAACUGCAGCGCCGAAAACCCGGACCAGGCCGAGCUGUUCGCCUUCGACGUGACACCGCCGUGCGUGGCUGCCGCGGUCCUGGUGCCACCCAUGUUUUACGAUGGCGCCGAACAUGGCCGCAACUAUGGGUCGCUGGGCACCGCGUUCGGGGCAUCCUUAGCCAAGAUGCUGCUGCGAUCGAGUGCGGAGGGUAGCCCCCGGCAGAAGCACGCACGCCGAAUACUGCUCGACAGGGUCCAGUUCUGCCAUGGCGAGUCGGCGACGUCCUUGCCUGGCGAGGCGGUCGAAGAACUGGCCGCGUACGCGCUUGGCGUGCGAGCGGCGCGGCGCGCCUUUUACAAGGCUGUGGAGUGGGCCGGCUUGUCGCACGAAGAGCUUCAGCGGCAGCGAAGGCUCUUCCUGAAGGCCAGCUGCCUGCUGACUUGCCUUCACUCACACGCCAAUGGCUCGGGUGCUCUGGACGUGGGUCAGCUCUGCAACGUAGCACUCCGCCACCUGCCGGACUUCUGCGAGGUCUUUGGUUGCCACGUCGCGCCUCCUGCUCGACCGAACAUGGUCUGCACCAGCCUGCUGUGAGGGGCGCUUCAGUGGCACCCAGACAGACGUGUACCUGAACAUUAGCGUUAUGAAUCGGCGAGUGCGUUGCGUGUCGACCACUCGCGCAUAUUGGACCCUACAUACUCGUGUGUUUCGUUUAUUUUUUCUCACUUCGCGAAUCUUUUACGUGUAAAUAACGGUGAUUUCUCGAAAUGCAUAUACGCCAUCGGUUAUUA